AAUGAACAGCGAAGGCUUAAUGAACACUGAAGUCUCGAUAAAUACAGAGGGCCCAAAGAAUCUUGAGGGCUCAAUGAAGGGAGAAGCCUUAAUGAAUUACGCAACUUUAUCAUACAUCCCUGAGGCUGUCAAUGUCACUACACAAAGCCCAUGGCUGAAGGCAUGUGUGGUCGCUUUAACAAUAGGUGGAAAUCAAGGAUGGGUGGAAAAGAAAUUAAAAUGUAGACUCCCACUUGACACUGUCAUCACAGGCUACAACCAUGAAAAAUUAAUGGAGAUUUGUUUGAAGGAUCAUCACAUUGAAAUGUUGGACCUGUUGGCGGCUCUUUUGAUAGGCCCUCAUGACUAUGAAAAUCAUUGCACAUCGGGCAAACCAACAUUUGUAGAAAGAACAGGUCAAAAUCAAGGUAGAAAGUUGAAUAAUGCAAAAGCAGGAGAUGAUGUAAGUGAAUCGACAGCAGGAAAAGCAACUGAACUGUUUGUGUGCCUCUAUGCAAAGGACGGUGACUUGGAAGCGACAGUUGAAUGUACAUUGAAGAAUGAGACAUAUGUGAAUGACAACAUUGUGGAGAAACACUGUCCAAUGUUCACUCCAGGAAGCACAAUGUGGGGAUAUAUACAAGUGGAACAUCUCGGACAGUGUAUAAAUUUACACUCAACUGAGGGAAAAUCGUCAAAGAUAGAAUCAAAUGAACAGUUUGGCACAAUCGUCAUUGUUAUUGACUCACUGUUGUGUGGUGUUGGUGUCGUUGGUAACACUCUUACUGUAAUAGUUAUGGCCAAGGCAAAUGCUCAUCCAUCAAGGGUCUAUAUAAUAUGUAUGGUGGCAAGUCAAACUGUUUACUUAUUAUUUGUACUAGGGGGCAGAUUUCAUGCACAUUUGGCAUUUAUAGGAGACUCAUACUCUGAAAUGUCUACACAACUGAAUCCAUAUCUUUGUAUGGUUCUUUUACUCACAGAAAAUGUCAGUAUAUGUCUGGUGUUCUAUCUCAAAAUGGUUGGUAGCAUAGAUAGAUUAGUUGCUGUGAGUAAACCAAUGUACUAUAGGCAGACUAUUGCGACAGGUUCAACCAGGAAGAAAAUUUAUUUGGCUGUUUUCGGCAGUUUUAUCUUUCUUGUUGUAGCCUUUCUAGUUCAAAAGAUUGUAUUUUACAAAACUCUAGGUUUACAUUCUUGUUUUAUUAGUGCAAAUACGGUGGAGGUGAUGCGUAUAUAUCAGAACCUUAACAUAGGCAUAAGCAUUAUCCUUUACUUCAUCCCUUUCACAGUGAUCAUUCUGACAAGUUCAAUUACAGCCAUUCAUCUCUUUCAAUACAGAAAAGAAAGGCAAAAGAUGCUCCAAGUACCAAAUGUAAACAUAGAAAAUAAAUCAAACAGAGUCCAAGCUUUGAAAACAUUUGGCCAAAGAGCCGAGGUUAUUGCUACUAUUGCAAUGUUAGGAGUCGUUGCUAGCUUCACAUUGUUGAUAGUGCCCUCUGUUAUCAUGCAUAUCUAUAUCUACUCUGUGGAAGACAUGGAAAAAAUGGAAUUUAAAAUGGUUCUGUAUAUAAUUGCCAACUCACUGAUGAUGCUGGAUUUUUCAUUGAGCUUCUUCAUAUAUGUUGCGACAAUGUCACAAUUUAGAUCUAUCUUAAAGAAAAUGAUAAACUUAAAAAGAAUUCCAUGUAAAAAGCCCGACAUUUUUUCCAAAGAUUCUGGUAUGAACUCUAAAUCAAAAAAUUAAAUCAAUUAACUGAUCAACUUAAUUUGGAUAAACACAAAUAUCUGGAUCUCCCUCUGUACCUCAAGAGAUACAAUUAUUUCCCUCAGGAUAACCCUGUAUCCAAAACUUCUCAGUACAUAAAUUAAUUAAAUGUGAAACAUAUAUGAGUGAGUAUUUUCUGUUAGUCUGUCUGUACA